AGAAAAUCACAUAUGAAGAGACAUCAAUGUAUUAAACCAUCUAUCACAAUGCUUCAAAAAUCAAGCAGAUAAGUCAGGAGUAGGACAGGUGAGAAGGUGGUCAUUGAAGGAGCUUCGAUGCCUAGGGAAAGACGAAGAGCUCUCUCAAUGAGCACUGCAGGUUUGUGGAGUUUGGCCUUACUUGUCCCACUACUUGUGGCUGAUGUCAAGUCUUCAGAAGGACCUAAGCCAUGUGCAUCUCGAGGACCCCCAGGACCCCCAGGGCUCAUGGGUCUUCCAGGGCGACCUGGUCUACCAGGACCCCGAGGUAUCCCAGGCCCAGUGGGACCACCUGGGUUACCUGGAGUUGUUGAGAAGUGCCCACCCCUACCACAGUCUGCUUUUUCCGUAAAGAAGACUGGGCCUUUCCCAGGCCCCUCCAAGCGCCUUGUCUUCCAGGAGGCCUUGUACAACCAUCAGGGCCACUUUGACCUGGCCACAGGAGUGUUCACCUGCGCUGUGCCUGGCGUAUACUACUUUGGCUUUGACAUUGCACUGUUUCAUAAUGUCGUAAAGGUGGGUCUCAUGAGGAAUGGCAUCCAGGUCAGGGACAAGCAAGGAGAGGCCCGGGACACCCACGAGUACAUUUCAGGAGGUUCCGUCUUGCAGCUGGAGAAAGGGGAUAGGGUCUGGCUAGAGUCUAAGCUGGACGAAGCGGAGUCUGAAAGUGGAACUACACCAACUGUGUUCUAUGGGUAUUUGCUCAACAGAAAUUGAGGCUGUAGCUCACAGUAUGCGUCUUUUCCUUAAGCACCACGGAAUUUAAGAAGAAAAGUUUUCUACUCCCCUCAGCCCAAAUGUUUCCCCUUGUACCACUAAAUCAUGAACAGCUCACAAAAUAGGCAAUGGCUAAGUUGAACAAAAUGAGUGUAUUAGCAAUUACUGAAACCAAUAAAGACGGACUGCUCGUUAA